CUCCGGGAAUUGGAAAGAUGAUUCAUGUUCAAGCUAUUGAUGUUUCAGCUAACAGGUUAGAAGGUCACAUUCCAGCUACUCUUGGAAGCUGUGAAGAACUUGAAUAUCUGAGUCUUUCUUCAAAUAUAUUGGAAGGCCCAAUACCAGAUUCUCUCAGCCAAUUAAAAAGUCUUGUAAGUAUGGAUCUGUCUUCUAACAACCUCUCAGGUUUGAUCCCCGUGUCUCUAAAGUCGUUGAAUAUGCUCCACUAUUUGAAUUUAUCUUUCAAUAACCUCAGUGGAGAGGUCCCAAAAGAAGGCAUGUUUAAAAAUUUGACAGCUGCAUCAUUUAAGGGAAAUAUGUUUCUCUGUGGAGAAUGGAUCCAGUUACCUUCAUGCCUUGGGGUUCAGGACCACGGCAACAGAAUUAGAAUUUUUGCACCACUUGCUGGAACCAUAACCUUCCUAUUAGUUUGUUUAUUGAUCUUGGGACUAAUUUACAGGAGGAGGAAGGUCAAGUCUGAUGUUCACGACAUCUUGCCUCUGAAGCUGAUGGAUGACAAGGGGGUUUCCUAUCAGGAAAUCGUUAAAGCUACAGAUGGAUUUAACCAGGAAAACUUGUUGGGGACUGGAAGCUUUGGCUCAGUGUAUAAAGGUACUAUGGAUGAUGGUACAAAGGCUGCUUUCAAGCGUCUGAAUUUACAAAAUGAAGAAGCCAGCAAGAGCUUCAUGAGGGAAUGCGAAGUGUUGGCAAAAGUUAGGCAUCGGAAUCUGGUAAAAAUCAUAUCCUUCUGCUUAGAUUUGGGACACAAAAUAUUGGUUCUAGAGUUCAUGUCCAAAGGAAAUUUGGAGACACUGUUGCAUUCCAAUGGUAACUCAUUGAUGUUCAUUGAGAUAUUGAACAUAGCAAUUGAUGUUAUUCAUGGGUUAGAGUAUCUGCAUCAUGACUGCUUUGUGCAAUUUGUACACUGUGAUGUAAAACCAAGCAACGUUCUUAUGGAUGAGGACAUGACAGCACACGUAGCAGAUUUUGGAAUUGCCCGAAUAAUUAACGGGUCAAAUAACAGUACCAUUAACUCAGGAAGUACUUCCACUCUAAAUGUGAAGGGAUCCAUAGGCUACAUUGCACCAGAAUAUUGAAUUGGUGGGAAGGUAUCCACGAAGGGUGAUAUUUACAGUUAUGGUAUUAUGCUGUUGGAAAUGGUAACUGGAAAGAGUCCAACCAACCAUAUAUUUGUGGGAGGAUUGGACCUCCACAAGUGGGUAAGCAUGCAUUUUAACAACAAUUUGGAGGAGAUUAUUGACAUGAGAAUGAUGAAGGAUAUAGGAGAACAUGAAAUAAAUCAAGGCCUUCUUCCUUUCUUACUUAUUGGGUUGGAGUGUUCAAAAGAGUCCCCCAAUGAAACACCCACGGCUAGAGAGGUGGCAUGAGUAUUGGAAACUAUUAAGAAGAGACUUUUUGAGGUCUGAAAAACAUUUGUAUUAUGUAAUAAAAUCAUUUUAGUUAUCUAAUGAUGUUAUUAAUUAAAAUGUCUAGUUAGUGGUAUAUUAGUAGGGUCGCUGUAAUAAAGUCCUUUCAAUAUUGAAAGAUGCUAACAGUUAUAUUAAUUAUAUUUGUUAUAAU